AUGGAGUUGGCAGAUGAUCUUGAACAGUCUUAUAUCCUGCAAGAUACUCCUGCGUCCAAUGCCAUCAGCUUAUCGCCUCACAUGGACGACAGGUUCACCGGUGAAUGCAAUCUGGCCGACGACAACAGUACGACUACGGCGCACGACCAUAUAUCCUCCGGUGGCAAUGGUCUCUUCGUCAGCGAUGAAGACUUCUUAUCAGACAGGAACAGUCCGACUCGCCAUGACAGCCCGAUGUCACCACCCGAUCCGGAUAUUAUCAUGGACGACGCUCUGUCCAACAUCUCGUUAAACUCAGGUGCCAUAGACGUGACCGCCCUCAAGCAACUUGCACGAAAGGAAUUCAGCUCGCAGACAUGCCCGUACUUCCUGCUGUCAUCCCACGUUGAGCUGUCCCACAGCGCUCUCAACCUCGGUCUGCCGGAGUUUCUGACUCGCUCGCCACGUUACCUGAGAGUCAAUGACUUACCCGGGGCCUACACUGAUUACGACUUUAUCCACUUCAAGACCGACACAACCGAUGAGAUCUACACGCGCCAAGUCCUCCACUACGAGAUAGCACAUGCAUCCCACAGACAGACCGCGGCAGAGGCGCAAAUCCGCGAGGAGGGAUACACUGUGCUUUAUGCGGUGAGUGAUGCACAACUCACACUCCUUCUCGAUCGACUGCAAGAUAAGUCCGACAGCUACAGCGUCCACUACGACCCGGCGGAUGCAGUCACCAAAGAAAACACGGUCAAAGAGCGUGGAGACGAUGAAUUCACGAUUCAUAGACAUCAAGAGCUUAAGAAUGGGUACUACAUGCGGAAGAUCACGGAUGAGGCUGCUGUGAGAGCUUUCAAGUCUCUUACUGCCUCGUGCAUCAUGUUCUGCGUGGGAAGGAAGGUGCCGAAGGAGGUCAGCCCGCUGGAUGAAGAGGUGCCAGAGAAUGGCACUCAGGCCGGGGAGACGGCAGAGGAUACGGCGGUGACGAACGUGGAGUCGACCGCAGCGGAGCAAGUCGCGACUACCAGCACGACAGAUGCGCAGCCAGCGGCGCGUGGAGGCAGAAGAGCGGCAAAGCCGAAGAAUAAGCAGAACGACGUGCCAGAAGUGAAGGACCUGCGCGACCCAAAGGACAGAGACUGGAAGUACCUCCCGUUCCAGGCCUGCGCGCUUUUCGAGGACAAGGUCGAUCGCGAUGGCGAGUUGGCGUUCGACACUCAAAUCUGCUACUAUCAGCUGCCCUUCGAUGAGUUUCCAACGCAGCCUCCGAGCUUGGUGCGAGAUGAGGCGUACGUGGAGGUGAGAAAUGAUGCGACGGGGUGA